UUAUUAUUCAUCUUUAAGCUUAGUUAUCUUACAAACUUGUCUUGUCUUGUGAGAACACAAACAGAGCGAAAUCACCCAAACUCUCAUCAGAUUCCGCCACGAUCGCCGGAUCUUUCUUCAACCACCGCCUACCGCCGUUCAUCUCCGUCGUCGGCGCCGGAACUCUGAGUGUGAGGAUUCUGAGCUGGUGAUCCGUGUGCCCGAGGUAUCGGUAUCGAGUAACGUGGCAUGAACUUGAUGUUCUUCGAUCCUUGAAGGUUGAGGUAGCAUAAAGGACAAAAAGAUGUUUUCAUUGUUUUAUGGACUAUGGAAGCACAUGUUCAGCAAGUUAGAGCUUCACGUACUCAUUCUGGGGAUUGAUAAAGCUGGCAAGACGACUUUGCUGGAGAAGAUGAAGACAAUGUACUCAAAUGUGGAAGGCCUUCCUCCUGAUCGAAUUGUUCCAACCGUGGGAUUGAACAUCGGUCGCACUGAAGUGGCAAAUAGAAAACUUGUGUUCUGGGACCUUGGAGGCCAGCCUGGUCUUCGCUCAAUCUGGGAGAAAUAUUAUGAAGAGGCACAUGCUGUUAUAUUUGUCGUAGAUGCUGCUUGUCCGUCACGCUUUGAAGAUGCGAAGUCUGCACUUGAAAAGGUGCUUCGGCAUGAGGAUCUCCAAGGAGCGCCUCUUUUGAUAUUAGCAAACAAGCAGGAUCUUCCUGAGGCAGUAACAGCUGAAGAACUCGCUCGAUAUCUAGACUUAAAGAAGCUGGAUGAAAGACUUUUCAUGUUUGAAGCCGUUUCAGCAUAUGAUGGGUUGGGUAUUAGGGAAAGUGCAGAAUGGUUGGUGCAAGUUAUGGACAGAAGCAAGAGGACUGAAAUGUUGAGAGAGCGGGCAGGGGCAAUGGGUUCAGGUCCUUCAUAGAAGGGUCUUCCAUUAAACUGAAGUGAUUUCCCCAUUCCUUUAUAUCUUUGUAAAUCCAAAAUUGAAAUAUACAUGAUUAGAAGUCAUUGAGAAGUAAAGGAACAUCUCGGUGCUACAUUAAACUGAGCCUUGAAAUUAUGUCUUGAUUUAAUUUGUAAUAUUGCACAUAAGAGGUUCAGUCCAACAUCUCAGAGAGCAGAGUUUUCUUCAGCCAUGCCUAUAUGGUCAAUCUGUCAAGUUCUGGGCUGGAAGGAUUUUCUAUUUCUGCCUCUAUUCAUGCUUUUGUCAAACAAGAUUUGAUGUUUCCUAUUAGAAUAAAAUUUUAUUUACUUUCC